AUGACGGAUUCCGUGCUGGUGGAGGGUCACGUCAAGUUGAGAGAUGGAAAAAAGUGGAAGAGUAGGUGGCUGGUGCUGCGCAAGCCCUCCCCGGUGGCAGACUGUUUGCUCAUGCUUGUGUACAAGGAUAAAUCUGAACGAGCGAAAGGGCAUAAGGAGAGGAGCAGCAUGACCUUAGAAGACAUCUGUGGCUUGGAUCCUGGGCUCCCCUAUGAGGGCUUGAAUCACACGCUUGCAAUCAUCUGUCUCUCUCAAGUUGUGAUGCUGGGAUUUGAGAACAAGGAAACAAUGUAUGCAUGGGAUGUACGAAUCCGCUACAGUCUGGGGGAAGUUCAUAGAUUUCAAGUUUUUGUAGCACCUGGCACUAAACUGGAGAGCGGGCCUGCUACCCUCCAUUUCUGCAAUGACAUUCUCGUCCUUGUAAAAGAUGUUCCUCCUAGUGUCAUGGGGCAAUGGAAGCUUUCAGAUCUGCGUCGGUAUGGAGCUGUCCCAAAUGGAUUCAUCUUUGAAGGGGGUACCAGGUGCGGCUUCUGGGCUGGUGUUUUUUUCCUUUCUUGUGCUGAAGGAGAGCAGAUCAGCUUUCUGUUCGACUGUAUCGUCCGUGGCAUCUCCCCGACGAAGGGCCCUUUUGGUUUGCGUCCAGUCCUACCAGAUCCAAGUCCAAAUCCUGCCUAUUCAGAAGAAAGAUUGGCUCAUGAAGCUUUGCAAUUAGAAAAGCGCUUGAGCUUGCUGUCCCAUACAAGUCGCCAGGGCAGCGGAGGAGAUGAGAGAAGUCUUUCAAGCUCAUCUUCAGAUACCAGCCACUCGGAUGUCAGUGUUGGGAGCAGAUUGACAAUUUGGCCUGAGCAGUCUUCAGCCAGCACUUCUCAAGAGAGUCAUGGACUGGCAGCUGCAAAGGGCAUUCACCUUGGGGAAGAAAAGACCCUUCCAGAAGGGGCACGUGGCAUCACUAAACCACCUCCAAAGCCACUCCGAUCCAGACAGCUACAGGAAAUAGGUCGCCAGAGUUCUUCUGACAGUGGGAUAGCUACUGGGAGUCACUCUUCUUAUUCUGGAAGCUUCUCCUCCUAUGCUGGGAGCUUGGACAUUUGCCAUGGUGAUGAGUUUGGAUCAUUGCUAAGCUUGCCUUUGAACUUUCCUUCGGAUCAGAGUUUAUGUACUUGUCCUCACAGUGAGCCCCAGAGAGGUGCAGGGUCAGAGUAUCAGGUUCCCAGCUCUCUAAGACACAUUUAUGACAUACCCAGGAGUUUGUUACAGGCAGCUUCCAAAGAUGUGCAACCGAAAAGCGCGGAUUCCACGCUAUCCAAGGACCAGGCUCUGUUGCCUCAAGGUGCUAGUGACCCAAAACUGCUACUACCACACUUGGAAGCACGGAGGAUACCUGAUCACAGCCAGGACAGAAGGAGGCCUCCAUCCUUACUGGCGGAAAGCAGCAAGGACUUGAGUGAUGAGACCUAUGUGGAUUUUUGCUCGAGGUGGUCAGACACAAAACCACAAGGACAGGGGUCAGACUCCAAAAGUAGUGAGCUGUCACCUCCUGGUGGGCCCUCAGCUGACCCCUGUGACACAUGUAGCCCCCACCUCGGGAUGACAAGAGCUCUUUUUUCAGCUUGUCCAAUCUGUGGUGGACUAAAGGGAACAGCAAUAUUGCAGUCUGGAGUCUUACCAGCUACACCAGGUGGUGCUUCUGUCAUGGCAGCUUCUGGGUCUUUGAAAGUGCAUAGAGGGCACAGCCUCCAAGCUGGUCCUAAAGGUGGCUAUGAGAUGCUAACACUUCCUUCAGAACCUGGAACUCCUACUAGCCUUGAGGAACUGGAAGGGGCAGUAGGUUAUUCAGCUGAUGUCCCUACAUCAGAUCGACCCCACAGCGAGGCAGCCACCUAUGUUAAUAUUCCUGUCAGCCCUACUUCCAAAAAACAGCUUCAUUACAUGGAACUGGAACUUCAAGAACACAGCACAAGCAUAAGAGGGAGUGGAUCAUCCCGAUACGCACAGAUUGACAUUGCAGCCACCGAGACAGCCCACAAGGUGGGAACACAGCAUGCUCAGUGCCGGGAGGAACGCUUGCAGGAACUAGAGCAGAAGAAGAAAGGGGCUCAGCAGUGACUGUCCAGGAAAGGACUUUUUGCUCACCCUAAACUGGUACUAAUUUAUCUUCCAAAAGAUUCACAUUUAUUGUAAAAAAUACUUGUACAAAAUGCUGCCAUUGCUUAUCACAUUUAUACCAGAUUCAUUCCAAUCUCUUGGUUCCUAAUUGGAAAGCUGGUAGCAUGAAGCAGGUGUGUGCUCUUUCUUUUUGUUUUAAUUUGGUUGCAAAGUCCAGAUUUUUUCUUUUUUUUUUUCAUAUGCAGUGACAGAUGUAAAUUACCUUUUUCUAUAAUUCUGAAGUCCUGGAGAAUCUGGAACCAAUUCCAGUGUUCAUUAAAUGGUGGCAUUUUCUUUAAAAGUAAAGGACUUGAAUGUG